AUGCCGUGUAAUCAAAUAAAUAAUGUCAUUCAGGAAUCACUUAAGGACAACAAGCCGAAAUUCUUUUUGAAUAAUGCCGGUGAAGUGAUCAGACGUGUAGAACAAGAUGGUGUAGCCACUGAUGUAGUUAUAUCCGUGUCUUCGCUAAAAGGAAAGCAGCCCGCUUCGGGUGGCAGUAAAGUUAAGAAGUCGAAAUCGGAGACAGCAAGACCCAGGUCCUCUUCACUCCAAAGAUCUUCUUCGGGACAACUCUCCGUAGCAAGAGACAGGCGUCGGUCGCGAUUCGAUUUAGCAUCUCCAGCAGAUUUGUAA